AUGUGGGAUGAUUCAAGAAAAGGAGGGCAUUUUAAUGUGCGCCAAGAGAUCCCAGGAAUCGAAGAUUUAGAUAAUAAUUGGGAAAAAAAUAUUACUCUCCUCUUUAAAUUGGGAUUAUAAAAUUUUAAAAAAAACAUAAUAGAAAAUAUAAAGUGAGCAUUUGUUUGCUUUUUUAAUCUAUUUUUUAUGAAGAAUUAAUUCAAAAAUUCAAUCAAUUUAAAUAGAAAUUUUCUAUUAAAUUGAACAAAGCCAAUUAUAUAAAAAUUAUUUUUACCUAUAAAUGUAAAACUAGGUUAAUUUCAAAUUUUAACAGAUAUUUUAUUCCAAAUUUAAAGUGUGAGUAAGGUAAUACCAAGCUGCUUAAAUACAUGAGGAGAGACUUCAAUAAAAGAUUUAGUGAGAUUUAUCGAUCUAAGCAGCCUGAAAACUAGCAUAAAACCUAAAGAAGUAAAAGAAGAAGAAGAAAAAACUGACCAUUGGAUGCUUAUUUUAGACAACAAGGACCAAUAUAUUAUAGAAGGUAAGAAAUUUGCAAUUGGCAAAACUAAUUCCUUACUUCCUCCUCAGUGAGCGAAAAAAAGUUGUUUUAACAAAUUUCUGUUUAAAAAUGCAAUUUGUUUAACUAUCUUAGUUAGAGAUUUCAUUAUAGUUACUCGCUCAUAUGUCGAAAUAUUUUUCGUAAAUAAUUUUUAGUUCGCUCACUGUGGGCGUUUUUGGAAUAAAAAUAGUAUUUUUUUCAAUAGUUUUGUUUGCUUACCAAUAGGGGUAGUUAGGGAAGCCAGAUCUUUGAUUUCCUUAUUUUAAUGAUAACCAAAUUGAAUUGACCGUUGAAAAGGGUCAUCUUUUGAUUCAAGAAGCCCCAUCAAUACAAUUAAUUUCAUGCAAGAUUAUAGAAAAAUCAUUGUUAUUAUUCCCUGGACUUGCACUAAAAGCAGGAAAUUGCAUUUUAGAAGUUCAAGAGGUAAAUGGCUCAAACUCAUUAACAGUAACUUUUGGCCUCAUGGAUUCUGAUAGGGCACGAUAUGUGAUUGAAAAUAAAAGAGUUACCCUGGGAAGGGCAAAAGACGACUUUAUUUAUAACCCCGAUUUGACGUUGACAAGAAAACAUGCAGAAAUUUUAUGUGUAAAUGGAAUAUGGAUAAUCAAGGCUCUUGACAGCAAAAAAUUGUAUCGAUAUUUUCACACAACUUAUACAAUUGAAAAACAGACCAAAUCGGUAAAAACCGAGGUUUUUGAAAAUGAUAUCAUCCUGCUAGGGCAGUCUGAGCUGAGAGUGGAAAGAAUGGACUAA